AUGGAAGAAGAGACCACUAGUACUGACACACUCUCUGAAGGAACAGAUAUUCUGGAUCCAAGAGUCUGCAAGAACUUUUUCACUGGAAAUUGUGAAGCUGGUAAGCUAUGCAAUUUUAAACACACUUUUCCAAUACGCGAAGUAGUUUGCAAAUAUCUUCUUAUCUACAAAGAAUGCUCAAAAGGCUCUCUAUGCCCCUAUCUUCAUGAAAUAACCGAAGACAAGCUUCCUGAGUGCCGCAAUUUCAUGAUUGACGGCGAGUGCAAAAAUCCCGACUGCAAAUUCAAACACAGCGCCGAAAGACGCGAGCAAAAAGAAUGCAUUUACUACAAAAUGGGCUUUUGUGAGCAAGGUAAGUUUUGCAAAUUCAAACACGUAAGAAAAGAAAUUUGCUUGCAGUACGCAGAAACUCAGACGUGUAUUUUAGGAAACGCCUGUCCUAAAGAGCAUAUAGACUAUAUGGAUGAAGCUUAUCUUGAAGAUGCUUUCUAUAAGUGCCAUCCAGACGCCUCGGUUAUGGAUUAUCAUCAAGCAAUGCAACUCUGCUUCAGGUGUAUGAAGUUUGGCCACAUCCCUGCAAAAUGCCCAGUUCCUAUUGAGCAGAGAGUCAAAGAAGUAAGGUGCUAUAGAUGUUCUGAGUUUGGCCACAAAUCAAACCAAUGCUCAUAUCAGUAUAGCCCGUUCCGCUAUAGAUCGGGCUAUGCCCAUCUUUGCCGGGACACUCGAGGAGUUGUCUGCGUCAAUUUUUGGUGACGAGCCAACUCCCCGAGUUGGCAAAUAGCCAUCAUAUAGUGAUUUGCCAACUCGGGGAGUUGACUCGUCACCCAAAAUUGACGCAGAAAACCCCCCGAGUUUCCGGCAAAGAUUGGGCAUAGCCCGAUCUAUAUCCGGGAACAGGUUAUAUUGAGGCGCUGAAAACUAG